UGGAGGACUGAAUCUGUGUCGAUCUUAAAGAAGAGGGUUUAAUCGAGAAAUUGGUGCAAAGAUGCAGCUUCCAAAAUCAAAUAUUCUCCCCCCUCUCCUCCGUUUCAUGUUUGCCGGCUUUCCAAAAUCCCAAAUCCCCCUUCUCCUUCUUUGAUUACAAAGAGAUAAUAAAUUCGAAAAGAACCCCAGAUUUUUCUUUGGAUUCAUCGUAUACUUCAGAAGGGAGAAUAAUAAAUUGGUCCCGUUUAAAAGCGCUUUUUCGUUCUAGAAAGUUUUCGCCGGCCGGUGGUCCAUCCGUCGCCGAACCGUAUAUCUGGCAAUGGGUAGGGCGUUACUGGGCUGGUAUGAUGAUGCAGUGGUGAUUUACGCCCUCAAGGACGCGUAUAGUUGGUGGGAUGAAUUCAACCAUUCCCAUGUUUGGCAGGAUUGGAUUUUUCACGUCCUUGCCGCUCUCUACGGCAUCGUUACCCUUGUCGCACUGGUACAAUUAAUUAGGAUACAACUAAGAGUGCCAGAGUAUGGUUGGACCACCCAGAAGGUCUUCCAUUUCCUCAAUGUCUUGGUUAAUGGGGUUAGAUGUGUAAUCUUUGUAUUCCAUCGUGAUGUCCAACAUUUAAGACCAGAGAUUGUCCAACAUGUGUUGCUUGAUGUGCCAAGUCUUGCAUUUUUCACUACCUAUGCUCUCCUAGUUUUGUUCUGGGCAGAAAUUUACUACCAGGCAAGGGGAGUCUCAACUGAUGGUAUCCGGCCAACAUUCUUUGCAAUUAAUGGAAUCAUUUAUGCAAUUCAGAUAGUUUUGUGGAUUAUAAUUUGGUGGAAGCCUAUCCCUCUUUUGGUGAUCCUCUCCAAGAUCUUCUUUGCAGGGGUGUCCUUGUUUGCAGCCAUGGGUUUUCUUCUUUACGGAGGAAGGCUCUUUUUAAUGUUACAACGCUUCCCUGUUGAAUCAAAAGGCCGGCGAAAGAAGUUGCAGGAGGUCGGCUACGUGACAUCAAUCUGCUUUGCAUGUUUUCUUGUAAGAUGUAUCAUGAUGUGCUUUAACGCAUUCGAUGAAGCUGCUAAUCUAGAUUUGAUGGACCAUCCUGUCUUGAACUUCAUAUACUACUUGUUGGUGGAGAUCCUACCAUCCUCUCUAGUUCUCUUUAUUUUGAGGAAGUUGCCGCCUAAGCAAGUCAUAACACCAUAUCACCCUAUUCAUUGACGACAAAUUUAUCCCUCGACAAUGGAGCAUACAAUGGAGCUGGCUUUUGAUGUAAUCUCAAAAGAAAAGAAAGUAAAAGAAGGCAAGCAAAAUGGUGCGAGAGACUUGAAAAGGGGAACUCUGAAUUGUGAAACAUGUUGAUUUGUAUUUGUUGUUGUUUCUUAAUGAAGUCAUUUACCAUCCAAUUGAAAACAAAUGGGGUUCAAACUUGAUGUUCAUAGAAAACAGGUUUCUUU